UGUGUGUGUGUGUGUGUGUGUGUGUGUGUGUGUUUUGGCGCUCAGGAUGUGAAGAGUGCCCUGCGGCCUCGGCUGUGUGUGAUUGGGAAGGGCCAGAGCGGCUACGGCUUCAACCUGCACAGCGAGAAGACCCGCCCUGGACAGUAUGUCCGCGCAGUGGACCCCGACUCACCUGCAGAGAGAGCUGGACUUCUGCCCAGAGACCGCAUCAUUGAGGUGAAUGGUGUGAAUGUGGAGGGGAGGCAGCAUUCCCAGGUGGUCUCUCUGAUCAGGUCGGGAGGAGAGCAAACCACUCUGCUGGUGGUCGACCCCGACGCCGAGAUCUACUUCAAGAGAUGCGGAGUCACCCCAUCACAGGAUCACCUCACAGGACCCCUUCCAGAGCCAGUUACCAACGGAGAUAUGGAAGACAAGGCGAAUGGAAAAGUUGCUGAGAAGGCGGAGCCUAAGGUGUCAGUCAGCCCCUCUCCAUCCAAUGCGUCCUCCAACGCCUCCCUCUCCACCCCGCCCACCAGCACUCCUCCACCAGAGGUGUGUGAGUCGGUCCCAGGUGAGAUCCCUGCUCUGAGCAUGUCCCUUAAGCAGGUGAAGGAGCUGGCGCACCAGAAACGCAUGCAGAAGAAAGCGCCCCAGAUGGACUGGAGUAAGAAGAACGAGCUCUUCAGCAACCUCUAGGGCAUCGGCACACACACUCACACAGAGACACACACACACACACACAGAGACACACACACACACACACACAUACACACACACUUACACACACUUACACACACAUUAUAUUCUUGCUAGAAAGGAUUUGGGGAGAUUAAAUCUUCAAAAGGGUGAAUCUAAACAUAUAAAGUAUAUAUAUAUGUAUGUAUACAGAUCAAUAUUGUAUUCAGAAAAGUUUUAAUUUUACUAACAAAAUUCAGUCAGUACAGAAAAAAACAAUUAUUUUAGAGACAAUGAUAGUCCUAUAGUGUGAAUGGAAGAGAAUCGUUUGAAAAUGUCAUUUUUGUCGUGUCCCAGAUUGAGCAAAAUGUGGAGGAAGUUUGUGCUCAGAAGCUUCUGAUUUAGAACUGUUCUGUGUGUGUUUGUUUAUUCGUUUCCACAUGAGUGUGUGUGUGUGUGUGUGUGUCCCUGCUGGUCAGAGAGCUCAGUGCCUGGAGACUAGAGAUGGUGAAGUGUGUGUGUGUGUGUCUGUGUGUGUGUUACACACCCCCCUCUACUGUAAUUUAUUCAGUUGUGUGUAUUUCCACUGAGUGUAGUCCGGACUCUUAGCUGAGACGGGUUAUAUUAGCAGUUAUGGCAGUUAACAUUUCACCUUUAAGGGACCAAAACUAUGUUUAUAAGGGCACAAUCAGUCUUACCUGUGUGUGUGUGUGUGUGUGUGUGUGUGCGUGUGUGUGGUCCAUCAGUAGGUAUUUGUUCUUGGUUGGCAAUCUGACCUGUCUACACUGCUGAAAAAAACAAAUGGAGGCCAGCACAGAAAUGGUGUUUACUUCAAAUAGCACAUGGUGGUGUUUUCCAGCAUAUUCCUUUCAGUCGUGCAGAGACUGGGAUAUAAAGACCAAGCAAGAUCUCUGUGAGUCUCCAUUAUUAUCAAUGCAAUUCUCAUUAUAACCACUAAAAUAGUCCAUUUUCUGGGGUGAGUUCUGUUGUUUGAGUCCCAUCAGAGAAGGCCUGGCUGAGAGCCAACACACAUCGACGUCGAGUCCGACACGAGAGCGCCGGAACUUCCUGUCACUUGCCCACGCACACCAGUGCCGGAAUGUUCAACUGACCAGCAUGUGACAAACAAUGGAGUUUUACCGAGCCGCACCGACAUCAUUAGAACCCAAUCAUACUGCACCAGGUGGAGGCAAAAGGCCUGAGUGCAGUUGUGUCGAACACAAUGCAGUCUUAGUAAUGGAACAUGGAAAGUGGUGUGUGCGGCACUAAGAUUACGUUCCGCAACAAUUCAAGGUUCUAAAAUUCUAUGUAGAACUCAAUGAACCCAGAUAUUCUUUAGAACAUUCAUUUUCCAACAUUCCCUUUAAGGGUUAAGCAGUUCUGCGUUAUGUGGCUGAAGUUUGGAAAUAAAGGGUGCUGGUCAGAGUGGUUUUGAGUAGAGAGGAUGCGAACAUUCCAUUGAUCUGUCAAGAAGAGAGUAUCAACAUUACUGCAUUUUCCUUUGUCAUUGUUUAAGUUCAAGGGUAUCCUAGGCAACAGACAUUCCAUUUAGAAUGUAAGGGACAGCAGUCCUUUGUGAUGUCACAGAUGACAGAAAUGCUGUGUUCCAAGGUUGGAACAGAAUUCACCUCCAUUCCAAGCUCUUUGACAGACCCCAGACCUACUGUCCAGUCGGUCACUGUGUUUCGUAGCUUGUGUCUUUGGCUUUAAAUAUGGAGCAGAUGUAUUGAAUGCAGAAUGCGUUGUAGGAAGGUAGGGCAGUUUACAGGAAGAGGGUGUUGAUUGGGAGCUGAUUUGGUCAGUCAGGGCUCAGAUCAGUGUGGCCUUCGCUGUGAAGACUGAGGCAAAGUUUUGAUACAUUGGGAUAUUGUUCUUGUUGUGUGUGUGUGUGUGUGAGUGUGUAUGUCGAUUUUUGUAGGAAAUACAGUCAAUUGUUUGUGUGUGUAUGUGUGUUGGAUUAACUGAAAAUUGGAACUGGACCAGACUGAAGCCACUGUGAGAGGGUGGUGUGUGUGUGCGCGUGUGUAUGGGAGAGAGAGAGAGAGAGGAGAGGGAGAGAGAGUAGGAGAGAGGGAGAGAGAGAGGGAGAGAGAGCUACAGGCAUCGGACAGGGACUCCUUCAUCUGCCAUGUGUGUGUGUGUGUGUGUAACUGUGCUUAAUUUCUUUUGGUUUCACACACACCAAUUGUAUUGGGAAAGAUAUCAUUCCAGCUGUAGCCUUGUGUCAAAUGACCAUGAUGAAGAUGAUGAUGAGGAUGGUGUGGGAUUCGUAAUUUGCCUGUGAGUUUUUAAGCACAUCUGUCUUUGUGUUGUUUUUUUCUACCUGGGACACUUCGCCACAGUGUUGCUUUGACCCCAACCACUCCACGACCUUUGACCCCAACCACUCCAUGACCUUUCCCCUUUGAUCCCCAGCAAUGCGCUGUGUUCUCAUUGGCUCAUGUGGAUGCUUGUGUGUGAUUCUUACAGUAAUAAACGUCUCAGAUCAUCAACA